UACCUUAUUUUUUAUCAAUAUAAUCUGUUGAAAAUGAAUUUUUUCCAAAAAAAAUUUGUUGAUAAAAAUUAAAUUUGUUUUUUUUUGAAUUACUAUAAUUACAAUAUCUGAUUAGCCAUUCAUAAAUGACAAAAUUAUUAUCAAUCGAAAUAUUUAUCUGUAGUGUGGCUGGAAAAUUUAAAUCUAGACCACAAUUGAAUGAUAAUGAAUUGCCAAUAUUAUCAUUGACGAACACAGUACAAUAUCAAUCACGGAUUGCAUCAUGGUCAAUGUAUUUUUAUUGUUUUUCCGCUUUGUUUUCGGCAAUGUCGAUGGGCACUGUGAUUGGCUGGAGCUCGACAGCAUUGAAUAGUAUGAAAAUGGAUUAUUCCGUACCGCGGAUUCGACCGAAUGAACCUAUCGAUAUCAAUUAUAUGACAUGGAUGGGUAGUUGUAUGACAUUAGGUGCAUUAUUUGGGAGCCUAUUUAGCGGCAUAAUUAUCGAUCAUUUUGGACGGCGAAUUAUUCUAAGUACUUUGGCUAUUCCAUUCACUAUAGGAUGGCUUAUUAUAAGCUUUGCACAAUCAUUUUUAACUAUCAUAUUUGGUCGUGUCAUUACUGGAAUUUGUGUUGGAAUUAUAGCUAGCACAGUACCGGGUUAUGUGGCCAAUAUUGUUACACCAAAUCGACGUGGAUUUUUAGGUACUUGUUUUCAAUUACUAUGUAGUAUUGGUGCAUUAUCUGCAGCUUGUUUCGGUACGAUUUUUUCAUGGAAUCGAUUGUCAUUAAUUUCAAUCAUACCAGUAAUUAUAUCAUCAAUUGGAAUGUGUUUUGCGCCAGAAUCUCCUAUUCGUUUGGUUCAACGUAAUCAAUCAAAAGCAGCAUUACAAUCAUUAAAACGACUUCGAUCAAAUGGAAGUGACAUUAUGGCCGAACUUAUUGAAUUGGAGAAUAGAAUCAAAUCAAGUAGACAAUCACAUGCAAAAUCAAGCAUAAAAUCAUUGUUUAAACGGCCAGACGUUUACCAUCCAUUGAUCAUUGGUGUGAUGCUUCAAUUUUUCCAACAAUUUUCUGGCAUCAAUGCCAUCAUGUUUUAUCUCGUAUCAAUAUUCAAUGAUUCUGGUUCAAAUAUUGAUCCACAAUUAGCAUCAAUAGUGGUCAAUUUCGCACUAUUCAUUUCUUGCUUAUUCUCUGGAUUAUCCAUGGAUUUUUUUGGUCGUCGAUUAUGGCUAUUCAUAUCUGGUUCCGGAAUGUUCAUGACAAUGUUGAUGAUGGCAUUACAUUAUCAUUGCAAUUUAAAUGAUAAAACUAGUUCAACACCUUUGAUUUGUUUGAUUAUAUUUUCUGUUUCAUUCGCCUGUGGUUAUGGUUCAAUACCUUGGAUGAUUGUGAGCGAAAUCACGCCACCUGAAGCUGCCGGUCUUGUUGGAUCAUUUUCGGCUGCAACAAAUUGGCUUUGUGCAUUCAUCAUCACCAAAGAAUUUGAAGAUCUUAUAUAUUUAUUAGGAAAAGAAGGUUUAUAUUUUUUAUUUUCAUUGUUUAGUCUCAUAUCUAUAUUGUUUGUUAUGUUUUUCGUUCCGGAAACAAAACGAAAAACAUUGGAAGAUUUACAAAAUCAUUUUUUAAAUAAUUAUUAAUAUCGAAUUCUUAGUCUUCUAGAAAUAAAAUAUUGUCCCUGAUGAACAAAUAAUGAAGCAAAUGGAAUUAAUAUUUGUGCUUCUUUUUUUUCUCGUGUAUUUUUUUUCAUUAUCUGAAAUAAAUGUAA